AUGAUGGACGGGUCGCCACCGAAAACCAGCCGGAAAGUACGUUUCUCCCUGCCCGAACCGGCCGUACCGGCCGUUCCCUCCACAAUCCCCGUCCAGAAGCAACGUAUGGCACACGGAACAAUGCAGUACGUGAAUGGGACGCUCAUCAGUCAGUCGCAGCAGACGCCAUCUUCGGCGCAAACGCGUGCCCAUCAAUCGUUACAGAUCACACCGACACCGACAUCUGCCACCUCGUCCACGAUCGGUAGCACUGGAGCCUACAAACCAAAGGAACUGAACAACAAGAUCGUGCUUCACCUGCGUCCCUCCGUCAAUUCGCUCGAUAGUGGAAGCGAACUAUCCUCGCCGAAAGGAUCACCGGGCGCCUCCACCGAUGGGAAACCGGCCAGACAGAAGGCUUACUUGCAAAAAUCAGGUUCCGGCAAUGGGUGUGCUUCCACUGGUGCUGGGACCGGUGGUUCCGCGCGAUCACUGAAAACGUUGCCUCAAAUUAAUCAAAAAUUUCCCAGCUCCGAGGACGUCAACAAUAACGUCGGGCAGGUGAACCGUACCAGACCGAGUGAGGAUCUCGGGACGAUUGCUGGCGGUCUUUGGAACCAUCCGACAAAGAAGCCAACCAUCAUGCUGCGUACGAUCUCAAACAGUGGUUCGCAGACGCACCCGUCGAAGGCACCAAUGGCAGCACGAACUCGUGCGAAAUCGGUUGGAAAAUUGCAGACAAGUGUCGGUGCUGGCGGACGGCAUUCGAAGUCUCUAAUCUCGCCGCACCUAGCACCGAUGGAUGGGAUGGUGGUGAGGGUGCAGGAAACAUCCAACAAAUCGGUCGAAUUGCCCGGAGCAGUUGAGCCUAAGGAUCGACGUGUGGAAGAGAUUAACGUGUCUAGUAUUAUCCGACAAACCAGCACACCCAACGGCGGUAACCAUCGUUCCAUGUACGGGAAAAGUGGCCAAUAUCUAGCCGUCCCAGAAUACACCGAUCGGUACGAAGGCAUGGAGACGGCCGUCUCAGCAACGCUGAACGAUGAGGAGGAAGAUGAGUUUGAAGACAGUGAGCAGGAUGGAAACGGUAGCAGUGGAAAUGCUGACGAGCGGAAUGGAACAUCCCACGAUCCGGCAGGCAAUGGGAACGAUCCGCUGAAGGGUGUUGCGGGGGACGAUGGAAAGUUUCGAUGCGCACGGGACACGAACCUCGGUCGGGACCGGAACACCGCCCAGUUUUGGGACUUUGUCGAAAGGUGGCGCACGAAUCGCGCGCUCAAAAAGCUAGAAAGUGCCAACCAUGAACCGAGCGCACCUGUCAGCACGACGGUACUGAUCGGUUCGGACCGGGGCAAGUCGGAAACGAAAAGUCCAACACUUAGCUCACGGAUACGUGCCCUCAGGAUGAGUCUUGAACAGGUACCGACGGUGACGACACUGCUGCGUGCAUCCCGCGAUGCAAACGAGUAUCUGCUGAAGGAAGUGUUCCGAGACAUUCUGGAGAAUGGCAUCUCGAAGGAGAACCUCAAUUCUACUGAUCGCAGCGGAAGGACGGCCAUCUCGUACAUCUGCUCGACGAACUUAACCAACUUUUUGGAGCUGUUUUUACAACUGCCCGGCAUCGAUGUCAACAAACCGGACAACGAGGGUAACACACCGCUGCAUUUUGCAGCCCAGGCCGGUCUCUCGGACGUGGUGAACAUGCUCAUCACCAAAUGUCGCAGCCUGACCAUUGAUCCGAAGAACAACCUGGGCUUCACGCCACUGAUGAAGGCCGCCCUUCAGGGCAGGACACGGUGCGCUAAGCUGCUGCUCUUUGCUGGGGCAUCGCCAGUCGAAACCGAUACCGGACGAGGAUUUAGGGCGGAACAGUGGGCACGCUUUUGUGGCAGACACACCUGUGCGGAAACGAUAGAACAGUGCGCCCGGGCACGGCUGCUGGACAAAUCGACACCCUGCGGUAGAUGGUCGCACGACAUUAAUCUACCGGUGGACAAGAAUGCGCUCAAGGCACGCAGCUGCAGCAUCACGCCACAACCAACACAAAACGGUUUUCGCUCCAAGUUCCGCAAAGUAUUUCCGUUCAACUUCAACUCCUCGAAGGACACGAAGGCGGUCAGCAAGGAGGGCGAGGAAAACUACACGAAGGAACUGGUCAACUACCUUAAGUCGGCCACGCUGUGCGUGAGUGGGCCAGCGCUAUCGGCCAACCGGAAGAUCAUACAGAGCUUGAUUCGACCGCUGGAAGUGCCAAAACUUGAGGUAACCUAUGCGAACAAUAAUGCGCUCAUCAAAAAGUACGAAGCGUCGAUGGAAUCGAACGGAACAGCGGACCCCGUGCGACGUAAUUCGGUGGAUGGAAACAUCGGUGAUAGUCGGAACGCGACACCGACCCACUCUCCAACCCCAGUCAGGGCCAAGGUACGGAACUAA